GUUAGGCCGGCGUGUGCGCAUUGGUGCACUGUGUCGAUAUUUGAGGUGUGAAUUGUGUGCGUCCAUUGCAUACGUCUGAAUCUAGUUUUCUCAUUUCCGUGGCAGACCAAAUUUGGACAUCUAUCUAAAGUUGAAUAGUAACUGAGCUUUGAAAAAGGAAAUAUGUCUGCAACAUCAUCACUGACAAAGUCAUGUUUUGUGUUCAAACCCAAGCUGAAGAGAGUGCAGGCUGAAGAGUUUGACGGCAGCCAGCAGUUCGCCGCAUGCGCCGACGAGACGGCAGCGCUGUCUGCCGGCCGGCGCAGCGCCGCCUUCGGCCGAGUGUGGGGCGUAGCACAGCAGCUGUGCUCGGAUUUUCAGGACAAGAUGUUCAGCACCGUGUUCCAGGACAUGAUCGCGUUUCUGCAGAGGUCGGUGGACGCCGAGGAAGAGGCCUGUAUCCCCACCGCUGCCCUCGUUACAGGCGUGAACAUGCCCGACCACGGCCGUGUGUUUGCCUCGCUGGCGGCGCGGCUGCGAGCGCAGGUGGGCCGCCACGUGGCGCUGCUCGAGCCGGCCUCCUGCCCCACCGUGUCGGCGACCGUGCGCGCCAUGGUGCGUCAGCUGACCGACCCGGACCAGGGGGUCCAGGCCGGCCCCGACUCGGCCGGCCUGGAGGACGACGAGGAGGGCGAGCCGCUGGCGUGGGAGUCGGAGCGGCUACACCAGGGACGGCCGCCCGCCACCAUGCCCGGUCUUGAGGCCCACUACCAGGCGCUGCAGGCCGAAGCCACCACGCGGUCCCCGGCAAAGACAGGCUCGCCACGGAAGCGAGCUCGCACGUCGCCGGCGUGCCGGCCGCUGGUGGUGGUGUGGCGAGACCUGGAGGCAUUCCAGCCGCGCGUGCUCCAGGACGUCGUGCUCAUCUGCAGCCAGUACCGGCGGCGGCUGCCCAUUGCGUUCGUGUUCGGCGUGUCGACCUGUGCCUCGGUGGUGCACCGGCUGCUGCCGCAGCACGUGUCAGCCCGGCUCAGCCUCGAGAAGUUCCACUCCCAGUUGGCCACCCACUACCUGGCGCAGAUCAUAGACAAGGUGGUGCUGUCCCCCGCCGUGCCUUUCCGGCUCGGGGGCCGGGCCCUGCGCCUCCUCCUCGACAUCUUCCUGUACAGCGACUUCUCCGUCAACAACUUCAUCUCGGCUUACAAGUACUGCAUGCUGCAGCACUUUCUCACGUCGCCGGCGAGCGUGCUGUGCUGCGGCCGGGAGGCGGUGGCCGCCACCGUGGCCGCCCUGAGCCCGGAGCGGCGCCGUCGCCUGCAGCAGGACGCACCCUUCCGGGAGUGGCUGGAGCAAGCGGUGCUAGAGCUGCACACGGGGCACGACGCGCUGCUGCUGGCGCUGCGCUGCCUGUUCGCCCUGGUCGGUCGGCUGCCAGGCGCGCCCCUCGGCAGGCAGUUCCGCGAGCUGUACAACCUGGCGCUGCUGCAGCCGCUGGCCGAGAGCGACGAGUACGCCCUCUCUGUGAAGCUGCUGGGCCUGCUGUCACGGGCGGAGCUGACCGCCAGCCUCGAGGCGGCGCUCCUGGCCGUCGGAGCCGAGCUGACCGACUCGGAUCUGGGCCGGGCUCUGGAGCGGCACCUGGAGCGACUGCGGGCACCGGACGCGCCGCCGCCCGACACCGGAGGCGACGGCGACGGCGACGAUGACGCGCAGCAGCGCCGCAUGCUGGAGCGACAGCUCAAACAAGCCACCAGUCGACAAUCGCUCAGAGAGAGCCUGCAGCGGGUGGGCGCCGCACAGAGCCGCCGCCUCAACCCGUACGAGAGUCUGCGCGCCGAGGUGGUGACGGACCUGGAUGGCCGGCUGCGCGCGCUGCUCUCGCGGCCAGCCGGCUGGCCGCUCCACGAGGCGGUGAUGUUCGACACCGUGUCGGCAGUGCGCAGACAGCUGGUCGGCGUCCCCCGCACGUCCGUGCAGACGGCGCUGGCCGACCCGGCCAAGUACCUCCAGUGCUCCUGUUGUAAGCUGAGUGACCCGGGCUCGGUGCUGGCCAGCAUGCCCGACCUCUGCGUGGUCUACAAGCUGCACCUCGAGUGCGGCCGGCUGAUCAACCUGUUCGACUGGAUGCAGGCCUUCCGCGCCGUGGUGGCGGCCGAGGAGGACGAGGCGCUGCAAGCGCGUUUCGCACACGCCGUGGCCGAGCUGCAGUAUCUGGGCUUCAUCCGAUCGACGCAGAAGAAGACAGACCACGUGGCGCGGCUGACCUGGGGCUCCUGCUGACCGGACCUGAUCUGACCUGGCCUGACCUGACCUGACCCGACCCGACCCGACCCGGUCGGGCCAUGCCGCAGGCGCCCGGCCGGUCGUUUGAGAGCGUGCGGUCGUCACGCUAGCGUUGGGCGCGACACGGCGUCGGCCGCUCCCUUCAGGCCGGAUGCUCAGGCCGUUGCUGCGAUAGCAGGCCCUCGAAGGCUGAGUUGUGACUGAAUCGGUUCGCGCGAGUCAUGUCGUGUGCCACAUUGAGUCAUUUGAGGCAUGACAUACGCCACAUCGCGCUGGUGUGGUGGAACCGAGCAGCAGCCACCCGGCUGCGCCCGGUCAGUCGCCAGCGCCGGCGCGUGAAGGUCACGUGACGGGUUCUGCCGAUGCUGAAUUGUGGAGGCGGUUCUUCCGGAGUGAUGACUGUCAUCGCCGGUAGAUUGUGUCGUGUCGCUUGGCGCAGGUCUGCUGUUCAAACUGGCUCGAGUAACGUCAUUGCCUGGCCCUGUUUGACUGAGGGUUUGCCCGGUCCUGCCGGCAGGUGCAAAUAUAUGUGGCUGAAAUUUUG